CUGCAAACAGGUUUUUCAAGUUUGCGGUAGUUCACUGUUUAAAAUAAGGGCUGGAAAAUCUAAAUAAAGCACUCCCUUAUAGAGAGAAGUAAAACAAAACCCUUCACAUAACAGACAUCCAGACUCUCGUGAGCACCACAUCAUAGCAGUAACUAUGGAGGACACUAAAAACUCUCCUGAAAAACCAGCAAAGACCACAAAAUCUUGGGUCUCAUCUUCCUUCAUUAUACUAUUUAGUAUAAUUGCGGUCACUGUUGCAAUAACGGUGCAGAUGUUUAGGCAACAAAAUCAUCAAAAGGGUGCUUCAGGUCAUGAUUCAAGUGCUACAGUGCAUCAUCCAGGCGAUCCACUCCGGAUUCUUUUGGUUGGAAAAACAGGAGUGGGGAAAAGUGCAACAGGCAACACAAUCCUGGGGAAAAAGGUUUUUAAAUCAGAGAUAUCCUCCUCCUCUGUGACUGGAGAAUGUGAAAAGUUUCAUGCCGUUAUAAAUGGCAGAAAAGUAUCUGUCAUUGACUCUCCAGGUCUGUUUGACACCAGCCUAACUGUGGGUGAAGUCAUUAACAGAAUUAAACUUUGUAUUCCUCUCUCUGCUCCUGGUCCACAUGUCUUCUUAGUUGUGAUUCAGCUGGGCAGAUUCACAGAUGAAGAAGCAGAAGCUGUAAGAAUAAUCCAAACAAUUUUUGGUGAGGAAUCUUCCAUAUACACCAUGGUACUGUUCACUCAUGGAGAUGAACUGGCGGGCAAAAACAUUCACACAUUUGUGCGGGACAACCCAAAACUUCUCAGUUUCAUCAAAAAAUGCAAUGGACGAUACCAUGUGUUCAGCAAUAAAGAAAAAAAUCCUGAUCAGGUCAUUCAGUUACUUGACCAGGUUGAUAAAAUGGUCACUGGAAAUGGUGGUCAAUACUACACCAGUGAGAUGCUUGAAAUGGUAGAGAAAGCGAUUGAGGAAAAGAAACAGCGUAUCCUGAAGGAGAGAGAGAAGGAGAGACAAAGGUCGAUAGCAGUUAUUAGUGGCAUAUUUCAAGGAGAAGACUUUGAAAAAGCAAGACAAAAGACAAAUGAUGAUUAUGAGCAGCAGGCAAGAGAGGAAGCUGAGAGAGACCCUUCAUUUUUUGAGAAACUGUUCAGUUAUUUAAAGGACCUAUUCUACAGAUUCUGGGGCUAUUCAUCUUCACAAGACAAGCUAUUUGACUUUAUUAAAUCGAAAAAACCUUUUUAUUUCUAAUUGUGCAAAAUAUUUCACUAACUUAGUUGUAAUGGAAAACCUUUUACAUCUCUCUUGAUUUGCAAGUUUUAACAGAAAGAAUCUAUAAACAGUUUGUUUACUCGGUUUGGAUCAAGCUUGUGCUCAUAAACAUCACUAAGACUGAGAUUUUAAGACUACUCAGAAGCAUCUGAGAACUUCAACAUAACCAGCAGGUAAAGGGGGAGCUGUUGUGAUAUGGAGUAGAAAUUUAUAUAUAGAAGAGGUCUAUCGACAACUUAAAAAUUAGGAUUUUUAUCAACCUUUAAAGAAUGAUCCAACAGAGACAAUGGAACAAGAAUUGUUGUUUUUACUAACUGAUGCAAGAGAGAAGAACUGGAUUAAGGAUAGUGAACUUAAAUUCCUCUAUGUUAAGAAUCCAUGUGUGGUAUGUUUUUACAUGUUGCCAAAAAUCCAAAUCCUAAUUACACUACACCUGGCAUUUGUUUGAUACCUGACACACUCUGAGGAAGGCUGAGGGCCGAAGUGCAUCAGUGUGCAGAGUUCUAAUAAGAGCUAAAUAAAGGCUUUUUUAACUUUUUGGACCAGAGGAUGUGCCUUGGAUUCUUCUUUUUUUGCAAUAGUGGUUUCAAACCCAACCAAAGAGCACAUUCUGGGAUUACUUCACGAGGUCCUUAAUCAGCAAGUAGUGCUUAUAGAUGUCUCUUGUGAUUGAAUAUAAUUUGAAAUGUGGCUAUUUAAAUGUUAUAACACUUGCAGCCAAAGCACUGGAAAUUUUUAAGUGACCAGAACAGAAACGUCAAAACAAUCCAGAAGUUCUUGCAAUUCAUCCAAAACUUGUAAUCAUGUAUAAUUUCCUAAUGUAUUAUUAUUAUUAUUAUUAUUAAAUUCACUUUUGAAUGGUUUUGUACUUUUCUAUUGGCACUUUGAGUUCUGAUUGUAGCCUUUGGCCUUGUGUAUGAUUUGCUUUUUAGUAAACUUGUGCAUAUGGAUCCUA